CAGCCAGCAUUUUCUGGCCCCCGCGGAUAGUGAACGAUAAAAUAUCCCCGAGAGAUUUUUUCGUUCCGUGCUGCAAGGAAAGCAACUGUUUAUCCCCAUUGCAGCUGCAUUUUUUGCACGCGAAUACAUUUUCCAACCAGCAACUUCCAGUCCCACUCACGUUCUUUGCGUUGGAAUCGUUACUGUGGUCGGCUAAAGCAUUCCCAGCCGUACGGUUGCAAAAGCCGGCUUUUUGUGUUCCAGCUCUCUAGCAUAUCUCAACGUCGGUGGCAUGGCGGCAGAUGAAGCACAACUAAUCUACGAGUUGCGAAAUGUUGGGUACGAUGGGCCGUUCCUCGAUCAAAACUAUGCAUCGACGGCAAUUUUUGCCGGUCCGCAGAGUGGCGAGUUUCAGGACGCUGUGAUUUGGCUGACGGAGGAAAUCCGGGUACUGGGGAAGCUGGAUGAGCGUGUAGGCAAGAGUGACGAUGCGAAUUCAUUCGUGUUGGAGCUGUCGGCGUUUCUGAAGGAUCUCACCUGCCCGUACUCGAGCCUAACGUCGGGCCACGUUUCGGAUCGGUUGCAAACGCUCGAGUCGAAGCUGCUGCUACUGGACUAUCUGAUCAACGAGCUGAUGGCGUUUAAAAUGCUUGAAUCUCUGAAACCGAAGGAAAAGUCGAACGUUAUUACGCUUCACGAAUCUCCUACCGCUGCGGCACUGAAGGACAUUUGCAUUACGCUUGGGAUGGGAAAACCUCCGAACAAUGUGCCACCGAAAGCCCUGUUCGAGCGUAUCAAUUCGAGUUUGGAUGAAACGAUUCGAAAGGCGGGCGAAAAUCGUCUCAGCAAACCAUUGUUCAAUCCGAAGGAACGGCUGACGGUGGAGCAAUGGGCCAAGCUGGAAAAGUUGCAGAAGGAUCUGGACAACGAGUACGACUUGCGUAGAAAGAUGCUGCUCACGCGGCUGGAUGUAACGAUCCAAAGCUUCAAAUGGUCGAAUCGUGUAAAGGACAAGGAACAGACUAUUGCGGAACGGUAUGCCGAGAAACGGAAGGUGCUGGAUGGGCUGGAGGUAGGUGGUCGAGACACGGAUAUUGCGGCUUUGCUUGCUGCCCGCGAAACCCUUGCCAUCAUCGAGAAGACAAGCAGUGCGUCCGUGCGAAAGAACACAAAGAGCAAGAUUCAGCGUCACAUUAUUGGGCGUGUGCCGGAUCGCGGUGGCCGAGCGUAUGAGCACAACCCACCGCCGCUAGAAAUGCCAUCCUGGCAAACGCAGCGCAGUACUGGUGGUGGUGGCGGCCGAGGAGGAUUCGGUGGUGGCAGGGGUGGCGGCCGAGGCGGUGGUUCCGGCGGAGGAGGAUUCCAGCAACAGCAAGGAAGCUACAACAACAACAAGGGCUACAAUCAGGGUGGAGGAGGUGGCCAAAGCUAUCACCAAGGAGGCCGUGGUGGGUAUGGUCAUGGAGGCGCUGGUGGCAUUGGCGGAAAUGGCAACGGCAAUGGUGGCGGAGGUGCUGGAGGAUUCCAUCAGGGCGGUGGUGGAGGUGGCCAUAACCAGAACCGAGGAAGUCGAGUGCAGGGCGGCUGGUCCCAACCACAACAAGAUUACAAUCACAGCGGCUAUGGAUCGGGCUCGGGACGUAGUAGCUACAGCGGCAACAGCGAUCAGUACAGUAACCAUUCUGGCAGCAGUCGUGCCAGCUACAACGACCAUCAUCGUGGUGGUGGUGGUGGCAGUUAUAGCGAUCGUGGUUAUGGUGGCGAUCGGGGUGGUUAUGGCGGUGAUCGUGGUGGAGGCUACGGUGGUGACCGGGGAGGUAAUGGUGGGUAUGGAGACAACCGUAACAACUACGACAACGAGUACAAUAACCGAGGCGGUGGCCGUGGAGGUGGUGGUCGUUCAAACUACAAUCGAGGGGGUGGACGACGUUAAGAAGCACCUUUCAUCACGUUCCAUAUGCAUUUUCAAUUCGUUUCCUGCCAUAUAGAGAGAAUGUGGCACAUAGCAUUCAUGUUCUGUUCAUUAACCCAUCAAUAAAGUAAUCUUUCGUUGCGUCAAUGGCUGGAUCAACACUCUGUUCCUUUUAAUGUUCAUGUAUUACGUAUGCCGUUGUUGUAAUUAUGAUCUUGUACUUCAUUGUAAGCGAAAUAGAUCUGGCCAGUGUUACUGUAGGGUUGGUAGUGAGACAAAAUAAAAUGUAAAACAUGUAUUACCGUUUUGAAUAUA